CAAAAACACAUUAUCUUCCUUGAGUUAUUUCUGAUCAUAUUAUAAUCAUCUCCUUGGAGAAUUAUGGCAAUUUCAAAAGCUUUUAUUGCUUCUCUUCUCAUAUCUCUUCUUGUUCUCCAACUCGUCGAAGCAGACGUGGAAAUCUCAAACAAAAAGAAUGGCGACGGCAGUAAGAUUGAUUGUGGAAGUGCGUGUAUAGCACGGUGCAAGCUCUCAAGUAGACCGAACCUUUGUCACAGAGCGUGCGGGACUUGCUGCGCCAGGUGCAACUGUGUGCCACCAGGCACGUCCGGAAACUACGACAAGUGCGCGUGCUACGCCAACCUCACCACGCACGAUGGUCGCCGCAAGUGCCCUUAAGUAAACUAAAAACUCUCUCGAACUGCUGCGCUUGUUCAGUAUCAAGACUAUUUCGUUUUGUUUGUCAGUAAUUGUUGCCGUACGUCGUAUUUUUGUGGUUUUACGUGAAAGAAUCUCAUUGUGUUGUUUUAUUUUCUAAAUAAAGUUAUGACGCUUUAUGGAUGAUUGAUUUAAAUGCUUUCCUCAAUG